AUGCGGCGCGCGCGCCCGCCCGCCUCGGCCGGCGGCGCGCCCACGCGCUCCGCGAACACCACGUCCCGCUCGUCCAGCGCCACGCCCAGCCGGCCGGCCAGCACCGCGACGCUGUGCACGGCGUUCUCCCCCUUCUCCUCCGGGAGGUGGCCGAUCUCCAGGUCCGCGAGCAGGGCCUCCUGGUCCCGCUCGUUGAGCUCGAGCCUGAGCUCGGCCACGGUGCGCUCCAGCUGCGCGCUCGCCCCCGGCCCGGGCGCCGCCCCGGCCUCCAGCCGCUGCUCGAGCGCGUCCAUCCGCGCCGCGCCGGCCGAGGCGCCGCUCUGCACGGCGAGGUUGAUCACGUGCAGGCGCUGCUCGACGGCUCCGACCUUCUCCUCGCAGCGGAUCACCCGGCCCGUCAGCUCCCUUAUCUCGCCGUACACGGCGUCGAUCCGGGUGUGCAUGGCCCGUACCUCCUCCCGGAAUUGCCUCAUCUCAAGGACGAAGGCGUGGAAGUCUGGCAUCUCUACAGUCGCGUUGUGCGCGGUGUCGUCUAACGCCGGCCCCUCAAGCAUGGAGACGUCCAGGCCGACGGGGCUCAUGGAGGAGGCGCCCCGCCGCAGCGUGACGCCGUCGUCGACAGCGGCCCGGACCGGCGUGUCCGUAUUGUCGCGCUUGGGCUGCGCGCUGACGCAGGCGACGCACCGCCACCGGUCCCUAUGCUCCCCGACCAACGUGCCAUGGAAGCGCUGCUCAGUAACGCCGGCGCACACCAAAUCGUAG